AUGUCACAGGACGCAGACAAUAAGCGUCUGGUGGUGGUGGUCCCUAAUGAGAGCUCCUUCCCAUCCGUGCGUUACACCAGUGAGGACGAGGCAUGGCGGUCCUACCUGGAGAACCCACUGACCGCUGCCACCAAAGCCAUGAUGACCAUCACGGGGGACGAGGACAGCGCCAACGCACUCACUCUGCUCUACGACUACUACAAGGUGCCCAAAGAGAAGAGGAUUCUUUCUGUUGCCAAAGUGGUGGAGCUGGUGGAGGAGAAAGGUUCUAUGUUACCCACACACUCCAGCGAGAACCAGACUGGUGAAACCGUGGACAAUCGUGUUCAAGUGCUCAAAUCCGUCCCAGUGAACUUGUCCGUGGACCAGGACGGCACCUCCUCGAAACGGGACCAGUUCAGCACCUCAUCCACGGCCGGUCCUGGCGGGGGUCCACCGGGGGCCACAGGAGACCCGGCCCCCGUGGUGAAAGCAGAGUUCACCCCGCUGUACAUGGCGGGACAUCACUACAGAGGGGAAGGGGACGAAGCGGGGCGCGUCAUCUACGAACCAAACCCUUAUGAGGUCACAGCGGCCAGCCACGGCUCCUACGUGAAGGACCCCCAGCAGAGUCCACCCGACAGCCCCUACGAGGAGCAGAGGAACGGGAAGUACCACAUGCCUUCCUCUAUGGCCACGGAUGACUACUUAUAUCACCAGGAAGGAGUUGACAGUUUCCAGUACACGUUGGACGCCUCGCGCUCCCUCCGUCAGAAACAAGGCGAGGGACCCAUGACGUAUCUGAACAAGGGCCAGUUUUACGCAGUCACACUGAACGAGCUCAGCGCCAACAAGCGGCUGCGUCACCCCAUCAGCAAAGUCCGGAGCGUGAUCAUGGUGGUUUUCAGUGAAGACAAAAACAGAGACGAACAGCUUAAAUACUGGAAGUACUGGCACUCGCGGCAGCACACGGCCAAACAGAGGGUCCUGGACAUCGCUGAUUACAAGGAAAGCUUCAAUACUAUUGGGAACAUAGAAGAAAUCGCUUACAACGCCAUCUCCUUCACCUGGGACGUCAACGAAGAGGCCAAGAUUUUCAUCACUGUGAACUGCCUGAGCACAGACUUCUCGUCUCAAAAAGGCGUGAAGGGUCUCCCGCUGAUGAUUCAGAUCGACACUUACAGCUACAACAACCGCAGCAACAAGCCGCUGCACCGGGCCUACCUCCAGAUCAAGGUCUUCUGCGACAAGGGCGCAGAGAGAAAAAUAAGAGAUGAGGAGAGGAAACUGUUUCGGAAGAAGUCCAAAGGCAAAGACGGAAGCGCAGGUGUCACUUCUGUUCCGAAAAAGUCUGAUGCCACUUACUUCAAAACGAUGGUGGAUCUGGAGGCUCAGCCCGUUCUGUUUAUCCCUGACGUUCACUUUGGAAACUUGCAAAGAGCUGGACAGGUUUUCACUUUCAACACAGAAGAGAUUGAUAGAGAGGGGAGUGUUUUGGUGAAGAGGAUGUACAGGUCGUCUGAUGAAGAUCUGUGUCCGUCGCCUCAGAAACAAAUGAAAGAAGACACGCACAAGAGAGUCCUGCUGUACGUGAGGAAGGAGACUGACGAGGUUUUUGACGCACUGAUGCUAAAGUCUCCAACUCUGAGCGGUCUCAUGGAAGCGAUCUCAGAAAAGUAUGGGCUGCCGACAGAGCGAAUGGUAAAAGUCUACAAGAAGAGUAAGAAAGGGAUCUUGGUCAACAUCGACGACAACAUCGUGGAGCAUUAUUCAAAUGAAGACACGUUUAUCCUGAACUUCGAGAGCUGCGCAGACAAUUACAAAGUCACGCUACAGGAAAUCUGA